ACCCCCGGCGCGGCCGGGUCCUCCUCGAUCCCGUGGUGCUCCGCGCGCGCCCUCGUUCCUCUCUUCCGGUAGCGGGCAGCCCGGACAUAGAGGGCGGUCGCGGCGGGCAGCGUCGGACGGCAGAAUGUUGGCUACCAGAGUGUUUAGCCUAAUUGGCAAGCGAGCAAUUUCCACCUCAGUGUGUGUACGAGCGCAUGGAAGCGUCGUGAAGAGUGAAGAUUACGCUCUCCCGAGUUAUGUGGACCGGCGUGACUACCCCCUGCCCGACGUGGCUCACGUCAAGAACCUCUCUGCCAGCCAGAAGGCCUUGAAAGAGAAAGAGAAGGCCCCCUGGAGCAGCCUCUCCAUCGAUGAAAAAGUUGAAUUGUACCGCAUGAAGUUCAACGAGAGCUUCGCGGAAAUGAACAGGAGCACGAACGAGUGGAAGACGGUUGUGGGCGCUGCCAUGUUCUUCAUCGGCUUCACCGCUCUCCUCCUGAUCUGGGAGAAGCACUAUGUGUAUGGCCCCAUCCCGCACACCUUCGAGGAGGAGUGGGUGGCUAAGCAGACCAAGAGGAUGCUGGACAUGAAGGUCAGCCCGAUCCAGGGCUUCUCAGCCAAGUGGGACUACGACAAGAACGAGUGGAAGAAGUAGGAGCCGCCACUCCGCCCACCCGAGCUUCGCCUCGCCUCGCCUCGUUCCGCCACCUCCGUGCAGCUCAGCGCGGCUCCCGGAAACUUAUGUUGCAGUACCGAUGCUAAUAAACGAGCAGUUUACGUGAA